AUGAGACCUAGUAUUUCAUAUACAAGUUACCUGACUUCAUCAAGAGACGCCGACGUCGAGGACGAUUUCUCUCUUGCCUCGCAGGAGGGGUGCAGUCAGCCGUCAUCAAAGCAAUCAAGGGUAAUAUCCGAGGACUCCAGGAUUUCACCUUCACUGGCUAGCAUCGCUGCUGAAGACUGGACCAGAGAAAGUGCUUAUUUUGAGCCAGUCGCAGAGGCCAGUGAUUCCUGCUCUGGUGGCUUACCUACAGAACGUUCGAGUGCUCGUUCGUCAGAUCAAGCAGGUACCACUCAGAACGAGCCCGGAAAUCCCGAUGGCUGCAUAAAGAGCUGGACAUGCAACACACGUUCGUCUGUAUUGGCAGAUAGUAUAGACAUGGCAGAGUCUAGAGCCUCAGACUCCGAGGAUGAUAGCAUUGACGUGUACAGCGACUCUUUUGCAUGGACAGACUACUCCGAGCCCACCCCAGAGUGGGAUCCCUAUGGCGAGGUACUUGCUCCCUUGAAACGGGAAUAUGUUGAGUCUCUGCUUUCGUCAUUUCAGCUUUUGCAGCGACAAUGCCCAGCUGAUACGGCAUCAGACGAGCGAGACUCCGGCUCAUCAAACGGAUCUGCAAAUGGAAAACGCCGAGACACCUCAUCUCCGUCAAGCACUGAUACUGGUAGCCGACCAGCCAAAAGGAGAAAUAUAAACAGUACAGAAGAUAACAGCGACGAAGACGAGGGAGACAACCACCAGCAGAAAGUCCCUUCGACUACCACCGAGAAGGACCUGGUUAAUGGUUUGAUUUUCGCCUGCCCGUUCGUAAAGCGAUCCCCAGAUCGUUAUCGACAGUGCUAUUCCCAUAACCUUCUGACUAUUUCGCGUGUAAAGUUCCACCUCCGUCGCGGCAGAUACCAUCAUUUGCCGCUAUACUGUCCUACUUGCUCUGAAACCUUCGAAGAAGAGAAACUACGUGAUGAGCAUAUCAGAGCGGCAAACUGCCCCAAGAAUCCACCGCGCAGUUGGGAUGGCAUCACCCAAAGCCAAAGUAACCAGUUAAGCAAGCGCACGCCAUCCAAGAAGACUGCCGAGGAAAACUGGUACGAUAUUUAUAAGAUCAUUUUCCCCGGAGAACCUCUACCAAGCAGUCCCUAUAUCGAUGUUUCUCUUUCGGGGGAGCUUUCAGCAUUUCGAGAGCACGAACUCUCGCAAGGACCGUUCAUCUGGAGGAAAAUCUUACAGACACGUCUGCCUUCCCAUCUACACCAGCAUUUGGAAGAACUCCAAUCAUUUUACACCAGCUUCUAUCCAGAAGCAAUUAGCGUACUGUAUCAGGGAUGGGCCUCAAGGAAACAACAAACCAUCUCGUUGCCGCCACAACCCAGUACACAACAAACGUCUAUUCCAGCCGGAUCGAACGACAUCCUGGCUGGUGGAGUGUUGGACUCACCUCCGAGAUCAGAUUCUGCUAUUGGAAAUAGUGUCUCCGGUUCCAGUGAGAACGAAAGACGACCCGAAAAGCAGCAACUCGAACAACCAAGACCUGAACAGCAGCAAUUAACCGCCCAAGCUGGAUCUCAGCUAAUGCUCCAGCCGUCUUCGGUGUAUCAGACAAUGCCACCGUACCCAACUCUCGCACAGAUUCCACCUCAGAUGCUGCAAAGCCAGGCCUUUUCGAGCCCUAUGGGACAAGCCAGCCUCGCAGACACAUCACAGCAGCCCUUCCAGACGCCCCAAAUGGGGCAAUUAGUAACAUUUACGGACUCGGACGACCUACUCCAUCCGAUGUUCACUGGCGCUGGCGACUCCAUGGGACCUACGGGUUCUGUAGUACUGCAAUAUCAUUACUAA